AUGACAAAAGCCAGUAUCUGCGACGGUUCCACAGAACUCUCAAUCUUCGUGAAAUUUAUCGCCAAAUGUGAUUUUGGUCCUGGCGCUAGAAAGACCCUACGAAAAGCCGAAUAUCCAGAAAUGGAAACUUGUUUGUAUGCUUGGUUUUUUACGCAACGGUCAAGGCACGUCCCAAUUUCCUAUGAAAUUUUAUCUGCCAAAGCAAGACAGCUUUACACUGAAACCUAUGGGAACGACAAUUUUAGAGCUAGUAGAGGCUGUAUAUCUAACUUCAGAAAAAGACAUGGUCUGCGUGCUUUAAAAGUAUGCGGCGAAAAACUGUCAAAUGAUCAAAGUGCCGUCAAUCCUUUCCUUACUGCAUUCGCAGAGAAGAUAAAAGAAUUAAACCUCGGACCUACUCAAAUAUACAACGCAGAUGAAUCUGCGCUGUAUUGGAAGAUGUUGCCUGAGAAAACGCUGGUUCGUUCUCAGGAGAAAACCGCACCGGGUCGAAGAAUAAGCAAAGAACGUGUUACUUUUCUGGUAUGUUGUAACGCUGAUGGUUCACAAAAAUUGAAGCUACUGGUUUCAUUUCUCCUUAUUCGUCAAGCCAGAAGUCAUCUGAGAAGCUUUAAUUUGCCUGAACGUGCCCUGCUGAUCGUCAAUAAUGCCUCUAGCCAUGGGUCUAUAGAAGAGCUGACUAGUGAGGAUGGACAAUUUACGACAUUAUUUCUUCCACCGAAUUGUACAGCACUUUUGCAGCCUAUGAACCAAAAUGCAAUAAGACUGACAAAAUUAUUUUAUCGGAAAAGUCUUUUAGCCCAUAUAUUAUCUAGUAACGAAGAAAACGUUGUUAAAUUGCUGAAAACCAUCAAUUUAAAGGAGGCUGUUUGCCUACUAUACAAUGCUUGGGAAAAAGUUUCUCCCGAAGUCUUGAAAAAGUGCUGGCAUAAAAUUAUGGUCCACGUGUCAAACACCAACUUGGACACUGAAUAUGACGCUGAAGAUCUGAUUCCUUUGAGUCAAUUGCGACUCAAUCUCAUCUCAUUGAAUGAAGAAGUGAAAGAUGUUUCGAAUAUGCUGAAUGUUCUCUCUGAACAAAAUCUCACGGAUGUGGAAAUAUCCAAUUGGAUUGAAAAUGAUGAGGAUUUGUUACCACUGGAAGACGUAGACUCGGACGUAGAUGGUAUAGAUGAACAACGCGAAAGUGAUAAUGAAGGUUCCGAGAUGAAUAAUACAAACCAGACUGUUAAGGUUGUUAAGAAUGAUGAAGCAGUUAAAAGUUUUAAUGUGUGCAUUAAGUGGGCUGAAGAAAAUGAUAUUCCUUUGACUGAAGUUCUUGUCCUCCAAAGAUUAAAGGAAGCGGCCUCUAUAAUGAACCAAAAAAAGAACAAAAAAUUGCUCUCUAUAAAGAAACAGGAAUGA